CUCUAGGUCGGGCCAGACACUAAACUCCUGAUCUGUGGAGACCUAAUCCAGGAUUUUAAGCACAGCCCCAUCUCUCUUAACCUGGACACUUACACUUGAGUGGCACUCAGCUGCACAGCAAGAUCACGCCUUUCAUUCUUCUAACCUGCUCAUUCUGUUUCUGUAACUGAUACAGACCUUGAGCCGUCCUCUUCUUUAAAUCUCUAUAAUGGGUGGGUGAUCACUGUCAAACAGUUAAGUCUCUAGGACCUUGACAAAGCAGAAGGACUUUUCAGAGAGAAUUCUCAGAGGUGAAUUUGCUGUAUGUGCCAAUGUUUCACACUCCAGCCGCUGUCUUGGAAACAAGCAGUUGGCUUCUGGCUUUUUUCUGCUUCCCUCCCUCUCUCUGAAAUACAAGAUCAAAACUCUGCGUGCAAAAAAAAAAAAAUCUCUCUGGCCCUCCUUGUCAGCAAACAUUUCCUAGCGAAGGGAUUUUGGCUGGGCUGAAUGUGAAGCGCUUGAAAAUUACCUUUUUUCUGUGCUGGGAAGAGGAGGUUCUGCCUUGCUUCCCUCCCCUUUACCAGAAAGCGGAGAAGAAAGGUCUGUGUUGUCAGGAGGGUCCUUGAAGAAGCAACUUCCAGCUGAGUUAGUCUCUGCGGAGCUGUCGUGUUACUCAGCUUUACCAGAGCCUUGCCUGCACCCCAAAGAUGCUGAGGGCAGUUCUCUGUGUCAUCUUCCUCUUGAGAGCCCUGCCAGCUUCAGCUAAGGAGUCCCGAGGCCACAUCUCCGUGGUCUUGCUGGGUGCUACGGGAGACCUGGCCAAGAAAUACUUGUGGCAGGGGCUGUUCCAGCUCUACCGGGACGAAGUGAGCAAUGGCCACAGCUUCACCUUCCAUGGGGCUGCACUGACGGCACCCGAGCCGGGACAGAAGAUGAUGUUUGAGGUGCUGAAGAAUCUGGCAUGUCCUCCAGAUGAACACCCCACCAGGUGCGCUGUGCUGAAGGACCAGUUCCUGAAGCUGAGCCAGUACUACCAGCUGAGAACUGCAGAGAACUACACUGUCCUGAACAGGGAGAUUGAAACGCUUCUUGAGCAGGAGGGGCUGGAGGAAGCUGGCAGGAUCUUCUACUUCUCAGUACCACCGUUUGCCUAUGCUGAAAUUGCUGGCCACAUUAACAGCAGCUGCAGACCGCGUCCAGGUGCUUGGCUGCGUGUGGUACUGGAGAAACCCUUUGGUCAUGACCUUGAGUCAGCCCAGCAGCUGGCUGCAGAGCUGAGGAACUUCUUCAAAGAAGAGGAGAUGUACCGGGUGGAUCACUACCUCGGCAAACAGGCUGUAGCCCAUAUCUUGCCUUUCCGAGACCAGAACCGACAGUUUCUGGACCCAAUUUGGAACCGGCAUCAUGUGGAAAGAGUGGAGAUUGUCUUGAAAGAGACUGUGGAUGCUAAAGGCCGUGCCAGCUUUUACGAGCAGUACGGAGUCAUCCGUGACGUCCUUCAGAACCACCUGACUGAGGUCAUGAUGUACCUCGCCAUGGAGCUGCCAGCCAACAUCAGCAGCACCGAAGAUGUUCUUCAGCACAAGCUGCAGACCUUCAAGUCAUUGCAAGGGCUGGAAAAGACCAGUGCUGUGAUCGGGCAGUAUCAAGCCUACACCAGCCAGGUGCAGGAGGAAUUGCAGAAGGCCCAAAACUAUUUCAGCAUGACGCCAACCUUUGCAGGUGUUCUGAUUCACGUGGACAGCCUGCGCUGGGAAGGAGUUCCCUUCAUCCUCACUUCCGGGAAAGCCCUGGACGAGCGGGUAGGCUACAUUCGGGUCCUCUUUAAGAACCGUGCCUACUGCACCCAGAGCGAAGCCCUGAGGGAUGCGGAGCACAGCCAGUGCAAAGCCAAACAGAUCAUCUUCUACAUCGGGCAUGGGGAGCUGAACUCCCCUGCUGUGCUGGUUAGCCGGAACCUCUUCAGGCCUGUCAUGCCAGAAGGCAGCUGGAGGGAAGUGACGGACCGUCCUCAAAUGCAUCUCUUUGGACAGCCACUGUCUGAUUACUAUGUGUACAGCCCCAUGAAGGAGAGAGAUGCCUAUGCCAUGCUCAUCUCCAGCAUCUACCAUGCCAGAAAGGAUUUCUUCAUUACCACCGAGAACCUGCUGGCUUCCUGGGAGUUCUGGACCCCAUUGCUGGACAGCAUCUCUCAUCAGGCCCCGCGGCUAUACCCAGGGGGAAGGGAGAACCAGCAUCUCCUAGACUUUGAAAUGCUGGGCCAGGAGCUGUCCUUUACACUGGCAGAGCCAGUUGAACUUCUACAUACCAGCAAGCAAACUCCAGAUGACUACCAAACCAUUCAGACCAAGUUUCGGAACAGCUCACUAGUCUCGGCCUGGCCAGAGGAGCUGGUUUCCCAGCUGGCAUCGGACUUGGAGGCAGUGGCUGCUCGGGCUGUGGCACGCUCUGGCGAAUUCCACCUCGCUGUGUCAGGUGGCUCGAGCCCUGUGGUCCUGUUCCAGCGGCUAGCAAAGCACCACUACGGCUUCCCAUGGAAACGCACUCACUUGUGGCUGGUGGACGAGCGCUGUGUGCCACUCACCGACCCCGAGUCCAACUUCUGCAGCUUGCACAACCACCUUCUACAGCAUGUCAGGUUGCCCUACUUCAAUCUCCACCCCAUGCCAGUGCACCUGAACUGGCGGCUCUGUGUGGAGGAGGACCAGGGGCCAGAGCUGUAUGCUGAAGAGAUUGCGGCGCUAGUGACCAAUGCCAGCUUCGAUCUCAUACUGCUCGGAGUGGGCGCCGAUGGGCACACGGCUUCCCUCUUUCCCCGUUCAUCCAGUGGCCUUGGAGGGGACCAAGCAGUGGUGCUAACGGAGAGCCCCGUCAAACCCCACCAGAGGAUGAGCCUCAGCCUGCCCUUCAUCAACAAAGCCAGGCAGGUGUUCAUCCUGGUCCUGGGGAGGGGCAAGCAUGAAAUCAUAACCCUGCUCAGUAGAGUGGGGAAUGAGCCCAAGAAGUGGCCCAUUUCAGGAGUCAGGCCCAGCUCUGGCCAGCUGGUCUGGUACAUGGAUUACGAAGCUCUGCUUGGAUGAUCUCUUCUUGGUACAUCCUCCCCCUCACCUCUCCCAUGGCUGUCAGAUCUCAGACUUCCUAACACUGUGCCUGCACUUAUCCAUUUACAGUAAUGGCUCCUACCCCCAAGGGUCUCUUUAAGGCGGGGUAAAGACCCGUUGGCUGUAACAUCUCCAACCUGUGAGCUGUAGAGGUGGUGCAGCGCAGUGUUCAGAGCUUGGGAGAAGGAGCCAAGAGACUAAUGUUGGAUUCCUGACUCUGCCACUGAGUCUGUUUUUGACCUUGGGCAGAUUACUUCACUGCUGUGUGCCUCAGUUUCCCCCCUCUAGACAGCGGGUUUAAUAAUCCUUACCUACCUCACAGGCAUAAUGUAAGACUUGUUUGAUUCAAUGCCUGCAACGUUCUUUGAGAUUCUCAGGGGUAAAAUGCAAGAGAUGUUACUGAAUGCUCAAUGUUCAGCUCUGAUCAAACAGCCUGGACUACUGCAACAGCGAAAGAGCCCCAGUCAGAGUCCUGGUUGGACUGUGCUACCAUCCUGUAUGUGCCAGCUUCACGCAAAGAGCAGCCCUCUAUUUCAGCAGAUCACUGACCACGUUCCCACUCUGUUGGUACAGUCGUGGAAGCUGCAGGUACCAAAUGACUGCAUCUUGCGGUAAGCAGCGUCCCUGAUGCAGGCACUGAACUGUGCUCAGUGCAAUCCCUAGGCUUUAUAAAUUGCCCUGAUGCAGAGGCUAAGUUUAUCAGCAGUAAUUGCUGCUGUGCUUAAGUGCAGAGCUGGCACUGCAGGAGGUGGAAAGGGAAGCAGUGUGGGUAUGUUCAGGCUUUCGGGAUUAUGAGACUUGCACCCAAAGCAUUGCAGUUCAGAUUCAUUAUUCUGGAGAUGUGUAGUUUGUCUGCAGCAUUGUAAUUACAGAUGGAAGCAGCUUCCUGGCGUGGAGAUCAGGGGAGGGGAGUGGAAAUAGUUGGAAUCAGAAUUGGGUUUCUGCACAUAUUCUGAGCAUCUUCAUCACUUGCCCCAGGCAGGGUCUUGCUCUCUCCCAAGAGGUGGAGCUGUAGCUUGUGAAAUUUCCAUUUAAAGUGUCCUGCAGUAACAGUCCCCAUGCAGAGCAGCGAGGGUACUGCAGCACCUGCACUGCUCCCUGAGGCGGCUGGCUUAGAAGGCGAGAGAGUUUCUGCCUCCUGCAUGUCUUCUAGCUUUCUGAUGCACAAAACUGUGCUUGCUGUAUCGGGACCUGUCUCUUGAAAGUGCUGGAAGGGCUGGACGUGCCUGGUCCAGCCAUGCAGGCUGAAAGAGGGGCUGCAGCCCUGUUUAGAAAGUGCUUGGAGAUUCUUCAGAUGCCUCUUUCCUCCUCCUCACCUCUUCACCUAAAUUUCUUCAUGCCCAUGAAGCUGCUACACCUUUAUACAAGAAAAUCCUCUAGUGACCAGCCCCGCGUGCUGUAACUGAAGGAUGACCUGAUGCAUCAGGGAGCUCCCUGCAGAGUGUUGACUAACUUUCCCUCUUUGAAUGAAGUUGCCCAGAUAGUGCCAGCUGCUCUGGGAGACUGGGUGCAUCUACACGUGCAAUUAGCACGUAGCAAUAAACACA